AAAGAAACCCUCUUCCUUCUUGCCUUCCACAACUGCUCUGUUUCUGCCCUUUUUUCACUUCUUUCCUCUGUUCUUCCUCCCUAACCCCAUCAUUCUUCUUUUUCCAUUUUCUUUCCACCUCUUCUCCUUUCAAUUCUUUUCUCCUCCAAGUCUUCACUUUAUUCAUUCAUUCAUUCAACUUCCCAGUCCUCUCUGCUUUUUAGUUGGCUUGUAUAAAGAUUAUGAUUUUCCUGCUUGCUUCUGUAUUGGGUUUCAUUUUCUGACUUACCCACAUACUGUUUUUUCCUUUUCUGUAUGGGUGUGCCUUGAAUUUUGAUCGACCUUUGUCUGCCACUACUUUCUGUUCUUCACUGUCCAACUCACUAUCUUUAUCCCCCUAAGUUUGGACCUGGAAUUCUAUGUUUUCGUCCAUGAAUCCUGUGCGAAUUCGCACUUCGUUCUUCCUUCUCUACUUCUCCGUUCUUCUUCAACAUCAUUCCCUCUGUUCCUCAUCUCCCUCGCCCUUAACUUGUACGGAUACAACCCGUCUAUGCACCUCGUUUCUGGCUUUCAAGCCUCAGCCAAAUCAGACGCUUUCUGUGAUCCAGAGUAUGUUCGACGUAUUGCCUGAAGAUGUCACUGUCGAAGGCAAUGGCCGGGACUAUGUGUUCAUCAGGAAGAAUUGCUCCUGUGCCUCUGGAUUGAAGAAAUACAUCACCAAUACCACUUUUACCAUCAAAUCGAAUCGGGGUUUUGUGUAUGACAUAGUCUUGGAAGCGUAUGAUGGGCUUGCGCUGUUGCCCAACACCACCCGAAUGGCGAGGAACGGCGCUGUUGUGUCUUUGCGGCUGUUUUGUGCCUGUUCAAGUGGGCUGUGGAACUAUUUGAUGAGCUAUGUGAUGACAGAUGGCGAUACCAUUCAGUCUUUGGCUAGCCGAUUUGGGGUCAGUAUGGAUAGCAUUGAGUCGGUGAAUGGAAUUCAAAAUCCCAGCAAUGUCACUGUGGGCGCUUUGUAUUAUAUUCCCCUGAAUUCGGUUCCUGGUGAUCCUUAUCCAUUGGAGACGCACAUUUCUCCUGCUCCUACUCCUGCUCCUUCCUAUUCUCUCAACAAUUUCUCAGAUAAUGCUGAGAACUCCAAGCGUCAUCCUCCUUAUAUAUGGAUUGUUGGGAGUUUGGGAAUUAUUCUUGUUCUGAUUUUAUUAGGCAUAGGAGGUUAUGCUUGUUGUAGGUGGUCGAAAUGCUUUUCUAGAUUAAGGAGUAGCCACUCCAAGGAUCCUGGUGCCAAGGUUUCACACAAGUUCCAUAUUCUUGGGAAGUCAAGUUUCUGCUGUGCUUCAGGAAGGUAUAUUUGCUGUAGUUCUGCAGAUUGGAAACAACCCAGCAGGGAGUCGAGCGAUAACCAGAGUGCAAUUCCAAAAGCUAUUGAGAGCAAUGUAUUCAAUGUAGACAAACCUGUGGUUUUCUCCUGCGAAGAAAUAUUUUCCACGACCGAUGGUUUCUCCGAGUCGAGUCUGCUUGGCCAUGGAACUUAUGGUUCAGUGUAUCAUGGCAUCCUGCGUGACCAGGAAGUUGCUAUAAAGAGAAUGACUGCAACAAAAACUAAAGAGUUUCUGGCAGAGAUGAAAGUCCUCUGCAAGGUUCAUCAUGCAAACCUGGUAGAAUUGAUUGGUUAUGCAGCCAGUGAGGCGGAGCUCUUUCUAAUUUAGGAAUAUGCUCAAAAAGGUCCACUCAAAAGUCAUUUACAUGAUCCUCUGAACAAGGGCCAUACAUCACUCUCUUGGAUUAUGAGACUCCAAAUUUCUUUGGACGUUGCGAGAGGUCUCGAAUACAUUCACGAGCACACUAAACCUCAUUAUGUCCAUAGAGAUAUCAAGACAAGCAACAUCUUACUUGAUGGUUCAUUUAGGGCGAAGAUUUCUGACUUUGGGUUGGCCAAACUUGUUGGAAGAACCAAUGAGGGUGAAGCUACAGUAACGAAAGUUGUGGGUACAUAUGGCUAUCUGGCUCCCGAAUAUUUGAGUAACGGACUUGCCACAACUAAAAGCGACGUGUAUGCUUACGGUGUUGUUAUUUUUGAGCUUAUAUCUGGAAAGGAGGCAAUCAUACGAACUGAGGGCACGACUUUGAAAAAUCCUGAAAGACGUUCGUUGGCAUCCAUUAUGCUAGGUGUUCUUCGUAACACACCCGAUCCUAUGAAUAUGGGAAGUCUAAAAGAUCAAGUUGAUCCAAGUAUGAUGGAUUUGUAUCCCCAUGACUGUCUAUUCAAGGUGGCGAUGUUGGGAAAGCAGUGUGUGGAUGAGGAUCCCAUGUUACGACCGGACAUGAAGGAAGUGGUAAUAUCGUUGUCACAGAUCCUACUGUCUUCAAUAGAGUGGGAAGCGACUCUAGCUGGUAACAGCCAAGUUUUUAGUGGUCUUGUCCAAGGAAGAUAAGAUAGUUGGGCCGUCUACUUUUGCCCAUUUAGCCUCUCCCCUCGUUCAUCUUCCUGCAGAGCAGCGCCUCGCUCGAGAAUGCACGCAGUAAAGUCAUGUUCCUGGAUGGGGCUACGGUGUUGAAUACUCUUCCUCUCACUUUCUAAAGGCCACAACAAGUGCAUUUAUUUUGUUGGAUGUCUGCCUGCCAUCAGGAGUAGGAAACGCUACAAUUUGAAGUGUAAUAGUGUUGGGAUGUAUAUUACUUCUCUUGCUUUUGCUUUU